AUGGAGAAGACGAAUCUGCAAUCGGUUUCGACCGAACAAGCGUUUGAAAUGUUUCGAUUCGGUGAUAUGGAAUUGUGCGCUGGAACAUAUCAUCUAUUAAAUGUAAAUGAUGAAGCUCAGGCAAUUGUUGAUGCUGUUUUAUCAGAAAUGAAAAGUUCUGGUUUUAUUCCUGGUCAUAUACAUUUGCAAAGACAAUUAAAACAGUAUGGCAUUUCAGUUAGCCGCAUUAAAAAGAGUCUUCCAUUUAUAUCAAAAUAUGUUCAAGUUAACCGUGUCCCAGUCGCACUAAUUCCAGCAACAAAAAUAGUGACGGCUGCUCAGUCUUCGUCGAGUGAUGGUGAUUCAGAUAACGAUAAACAAACGCCAACAACGACGAAAACAGUCAAAAAACAACGGCAACCGUCAGUCAAAGUUUCUGCUGCCACAACGACAACAGAUAAACGAACAAUGCGGCCACUAGUCAAAAAACGAAAUCCAGUGCCACCGCCGGUAAUGCCAGUAACUCCACUUGUUCCUGUAAAACCAAAACAAACGUUUUCGCGAGAAUUGAAAAAUUUGUUGGGUCAUUAA